GUCUGGAACGUGCCAAUUUUACCGAUCUGUAAUGCUCCUAUAGACACGGUCACACAUAUUGCUCUUGCCUCCCUCCACGACAUCCAUCGAGGUCAUGCGAGAUCGCCGUUCUCAGAUUUUAUUUGACACUUUACCGAUAAAGCGAUACACAUAGUCCUGCUUUCUCCAUGGAGCUUUUAGAAUCUGACACCCUUUGGGACCCAUUGCUGGCACUCCAAAAGUUUCCGCGCUACGAUUCCGAAUACUCUGCUUCAGGCCGGAGCGAUUCGCCUAGUCCGACGCAUGUCAGUCCAACAUUUUCGCCAAGCUAUGAGCCACGAACACCUGUGGACUGUGUUGGAGUCUUACCGUUGAUCUUGCCUCCUGCAACGAUGUGUUUGUCUAGAUCGUCCGCCGCCCGAGGAGAGGAGCAGGAGGGGCAUUUGUUAGCUGACGGAGGCACCCGAACGUCAUUGGGCACGAUUGAAGAGGUGGAGAAGGAAACCGCUAAUGGUACAGUUGAUACGAAUGGCGGAAGCGCUGGAACGUCUGAUGCGGUGAACAUCGGCCAAAAUACAGAAAUCGAGAGACAAAUGCAAAAAUUAGAUUCCAGCCUGCAUGAUUCGCAUCGCAUGCCCCCCGUACCUGAACCGUCUACCUAUAUCUUUAGCCCCGCGUUUUCAACAACAGGUAGAAAGCAUACCCUCCUCCAACGUCUUUUCCACCGACAUGAUGCACUCGAGGUGCCAGACGAAAUUGUGGUUGGGCGGACCUCAUCGUCUGGGGACUUUCUCACGUUCAAUCACCAUGGAUUGCCAAAACGAGAGGGAGACAUGCUCUGCAAGGAUGAUGUUGACACCACCCGUAAAGAGGAUUCAGAUGACGGUGACAAGGAUAAAGAAAAAGAACAUGAAAAAGAAAAGGAAAAAGAUAAAGAGGAAGUUCAAGAAUUUAUCCAUCUUCUCCAUUAUCCGGGUUCCAUUCACAGCGAUCACGUCCUUCCACCCCCACCACAACGCACGCCAAGUAAAGCAGAGCAACUCAUUGGUAAGCUCUUUCAUCUGAAAUCUAGUAUGGACGAGGACCGCGAUAAAGAGCGUGGAAGAGGAAGGGAUAGAAACCGAGAGAGCAAUCCAACAUCCCCACAAGACCAAAAUGGUUUCUUUCUUCCUGUCUCCGUUGACGAGAAGGAUAUUAUUACCAAAUCCAGCUCAACAUCACCGCCACAAGACCGUACCAUUUCCCGAGGCAACAGCUUUACGCGGGCCCGUCGGUCCAAUUCUUCGAGUUCACGUACAGCAGCACCGGUCGGUGAUGAUGCAAGCUCGACGACGCCCGGUGGUUUAUUCAAGGAUCUGAUUUCAACCAGACAUCGGCGUGCGACAUCAGCGACGUCACCACAACGGGGCAACGUUUCUGAUCUUUCCGACAAUGAGGCUCCAAAUCCAACGUCGGGAGGAGCAACACCUACACGGCAAUCAUCCAUUAAACUCAGUCGAAGUCAAUCCGAUGCAUCCAUGGCAGAAAAGUAUGGAAGGGUGGCCAGGAACGAGGUACUGGGGAAAGGCGCCAAUGCAACAGUGAGACUGGCACAUAAAACGACAGAUUCCCCAAACCAAUCGCAGCCUGCUGAAGUACUCUACGCGGUCAAAGAGUUUAGAAAGCGCAGAAAAGAUGAAACGCAACGAGAGUACAUCAAAAAGGUCAUAGCCGAGUUCUGCAUUAGUUCAAACAUGCACCAUGAAAACGUGAUACAAACGGUUGAUCUAAUUCAGGACGAGCGUGAUCGAUGGUGCGAAGUGAUGGAAUACAUGCCCGGCGGAGAUCUGUAUACUCUCUUGUCAUCGGGGACUCUCACCGACCCCGAUGAAAUACAUUGCUUCUUCAAACAGCUCAUGAAUGGCGUUGCGUACCUACAUUCGGUCGGGGUCGCUCACAGGGACUUGAAGCCGGAAAAUCUGUUGCUGGACGGAGAUCUGAGAGUGCUUAAAAUCACAGAUUUCGGUGUGUCAGAAGUCUUUCGAACGUGCUUUGAAAAAAACCCUCGAAAGGCUACGGGUGUUCACGGUUCAGAACCGUAUAUUGCUCCGGAGGAAUGGUCAUCCGUUCUUUACGACUCCUCGAAAGCCGAUAUUUGGGCUUGUGGCAUUAUCUUCUAUACGCUACUACACACAUCCAUUCCCUGGCGAGUGGCAAAACCUCCAGACCCACAUUUCUGCAAAUACCAAGCAUUCUUAAAAGGGCGGAAUAGGCCCAAUCACGGAUAUCCCCCCUUCGAUCGCACUGCACCCGGACCCCGAACAGCCCUGUACAGAAUGUUGGACCCCGAUCCUAACGAAAGAUGGGCGGUUAACGACGUUCUGGAGGAUGAAUGGUUCAAGGGAGUUGAAGCCUGUAAAGAGGGAGUGCCGAAGCAUCGACACGGAGCAAAAGACUAGGGAUGUUAUAAGCGUCUCUUUGUACAGUAAUUCAAUCUAUUUACAAUAGCACAAAUCGAUGUUCUGCGCAUUAAUCUAAACCUAGACGUAACCUAUAGUCAUACAUACAGAUGACUCGAAUACGCAUGUCAUGAAUUUCAGC